UUGCAGCAUGACGCCCUCGCCGGUGGAUCUCACGAUUAGGGGAAACAAUACAUCGCAAAACCGGAUGAUAACAGAUCAAACUUUGGACAGGGAAGGUUUCUGUUUACCUGAGCCUCCUCAAAGAUGUAACCGACGGGUAAAAUCCGCAGUUGGAAUUGGAAAACGGGAACUGAACCACAAGCCAUUCGGAAAACACCUGUCAACGGUUAAUCGACCAAAAUCUGCACAUUCUUCUCUCAGUAAACGGCAGACAUCAGCUGAUGAUCCCGGUUGCGUCAAAGAUCAAAUUAAAAUCAAAAAAGAAAAUAAUGAGAAUGAGAAUGAUACGGGAAACCAGAAAGAAAUAAAUCACGAAAAUUUCAUUAAGGCCAAGAAAAUGACAGUAAAUCAGAAAUGGUUGUACCAGGGUGAAAAUCGAAAGUGGAAGCCAAGGAAUUCUCAGGUUCGCGAAAAUCAGCACUCUCGCUCGAACCAGAGUUCAAAAGAGAAGGAUAUGAACUUGAAGCAAAGAAUCAGCGUGUGUGAGGUUAUGGCUAAAAUGCAAAGGUCCGAUUCGCCUGAUCAUUCAAAUGGAGCAUCGGCCCCACCCAGUUCACCCAAAUUCAAAGCAUCUAGCAGCGCAAUCGUCGGUCAAAAGUUUGUAAGCGACCCUCCGUCUUCACCUCAGGCAUCUAAUAACCGACCAAACUAUUUACACUAUGCUAAAUCAAAACACCGGACCUCUCACGAUAAGAAUAUACCCAGGAAAUCAGUUUCCUUCCUUCAGGAAGAUAUGACUGUAACCAACCAGCCCUCAGGGCAUCGAGAUGGUAUACAUGUACCGACUAACAGUACGAACAUGUUCUCCACGGACGAGCCCGAUGAAGAAAGUGAGGUAGUUGUCGAGAAUGUGACUGCUAGGCCGAGAGCCACACCAGCAACUCGGACGCAAAACAACAUCUAUAAAUCAGUUUACCUGAACGACUACAGGGCUCGAGAACCGGAUGUACGGCUCAAAGAGAGCGUCCGGCUAGAACGGCCUAAAUCCAUCAAGCAAGUCCGGUACUGCCCGAAUACUUAUAGAUUCCACGACCAGCAGUACACUCGUAAUUCUAACACCCGAGACUUCGUUCAGAAUGUUGCUUGGGACAGAGUGCAGCCUAGAUACCCUGUCGGUAACUCGAGAUCUAUAUCUUGUAGGCGGCCAUCCGAUUCUCUUUACGUCGGAACGUCAUGACAGGCUAAUAAAACAAACCAAACUUGAUUUUAUCCAAGCAGCAGUCUCGUCCAUCACAAAUUCGGAUACAUAAAGCCAUCAUUAAUUGGA